AUGGUGCACGUCUCUUUUUAUCGCAACUAUGGGAAGACCUUUAAGAAGCCACGAAGGCCCUACGAGAAGGAGCGAUUGGAUGCAGAAUUGAAACUUGUAGGAGAGUAUGGACUAAGGUGCAAGAGGGAGCUUUGGAGAGUUCAGUAUGCUUUGAGCCGUAUCAGGAAUGCUGCUAGAAUGCUUCUGACAUUGGAUGAGAAGGAUUCACGUCGUAUUUUUGAAGGUGAAGCUCUCCUGAGGAGGAUGAACAGGUAUGGAUUGUUGGAUGAGAGCCAAAACAAGCUUGAUUAUGUCUUGGCACUCACCGUGGAGAACUUUCUUGAGCGUCGUCUCCAAACACUUGUCUUCAAGACUGGCAUGGCUAAGUCAAUUCAUCAUGCCAGAGUGCUCAUCAGGCAAAGGCAUAUCAGAGUUGGUAGGCAGGUGGUGAAUGUUGCUUCUUUUAUGGUGAGAGUGGACUCCCAGAAGCACAUUGACUUCUCUCUCACUAGUCCGUUUGGUGGUGGCCGUCCUGGAAGAGUGAAGCGAAAGAACCAAAAGUCCGCUGCCAAGAAGGCUGCUGGUGGUGAUGGUGAUGAAGAGGAUGAAGAAUGA